CAAAGAAGGAUACACCGUGUAUCAUACACGAGUAACACGAGUGACGAGCGAGACAAAAAACAUUUGACAGUAGACGAUCAUAAAUAAAGGAUACUCUAAUCAGAUAAUUAAUCCAAUCCGCCAGUCAGUCGAGUUCAAAAUUAGAAUGCGUGAGUAUAUUUUUGAUUAUUUUCAUUGAAUAUUUUCAUAUUAUAGUAACCUUCAGGGCGCAGUAUUUUAUGUGUUAAAAUCAGUUCGUUUUCGGUUCAAUGUCACGUCGACGCCUUAACAAGAACGAACCAUGCCUUCACCAAGGAGGGAAUUCCGGGGCCGUGAAACGGAUUCAUAAAUCUGACUGCAAGCUUAUGACCUCGCUGUUAUCCUGUAAAAGGAAAAUUCCUCCCUUAAAUAUUUUAGAAUCACAAGACAUCCUUAGCAAAAUUUUGGAACAGAGGUCCCAUUUGGACCAAAAUUUGGCUAGAACGCUGAAUUUGCCGAUUUAUGUACUUGAAAUCUUUUAUGCACAUCGAAACCAUUUUCAAGAACAAAUUCAAGCUAUCAAGUGUACUUGCACGGAGGAAUCGACAUCAUUGACAUCAUCCUGUGGUUCGAUCACCGUCACAAGUAAAAAGAUAUCACAAAUAAGUUGCUCAAACGACGAGGAAGCCUCAAAAUUGUGCCCCUUGGUUGCCCGUGUUUCAAUGUCCAACAACCAUAGAACGAUCGAGGAAAAUAAUUCCAAUCCGGAGCAGGAAGACGACCACGACAUCAUUGCUACCCAAGAGAAAAUCGAAAUCAGCAACCAUCCUGACAACGAUGUAUUGUUCGAUGGCUGGGAUGCAGUUAACAACAGUGGAACCUUUCUCGAAUCGGACAUUUCUACAGCUCAAGGACUCCACGCCGUUGUCCAAAUAGAAGAAACAUCAGGAGAUGAAAAUCAACCCCCCUAUUCUCUGUGCAUUGACUCCCCGUUGCGAGAAAAUCAUGAAAAGGAAAAAAACGAACAUUCCCCCGAAUCACUGAGUAUAUCACCAAGUGUUUCUCACGCCAAUGCAUCAAAGACCACAGAACCCUGCUCCUCGACAUCAUCAUCAGACAAGGAAGCCAAGAGAAGACUGAAUGGAAAAUCUGAUUUGGUCAAAAGGUGGCAAGAAGCGGUAAAUUAUCUUGGUAUUUCUACGAUGGAAGAGCUGUUGGGUAAAUUCGUCGAUCCAGAUAUCGUACCACCUCCUCGUCCAAUUUUACAAGAAAAUUUUGACGCGGAUAAGUUGGAUGCAGAAGACCUUGAUAUUGUUUCCUAUUUGAAAAACGCUGUGAAGGAGAUCAUAGCAGCAGAAGAAAAACAGUGAUAAAACAAUGAUAACUUUCUUUCUAUUCUAUGCUUCUAAAUAUAUAUUCCCUUAGAAAAUCCUAAUACCAUAUGUUGAAUGGAUUUAAUUGACACACUUUUGAUUUACACAACACUGACAUAAUAAUAAUUAUUGGUUUAAACUAUUCAGUAAAUUAGUUCUAGAUCCGAGGUAUUGGUAUAGCUUUGUGUACCAACCAAACUGAUCCUUUGUCUCUCAGAAGAGAAAUGCAUAGCUGCAGAGAGCGGGAGUCCUUUCCAUCACGUCGUACAAAAUAACUGAUGCCGAGAGAUUAAGCUAGUUUUUCCUAAGGAGGAAAUAAUUAAUCAGUAAAUUUAUGUUAAUUAGCAUUUAAAAUUUUUCAUCGCUGAGCGAAGGACCAGGACUUGCGAUUUUAGAUUUUUCUGUUGCAAUUAAUAAUCAACACUCGAUAUACAGAUACUUUGAACUGUUUAUUUGUUGUACUUAUCGACGAUAAGUUAUCGUUAAUGCCAAAGUUCUAGUUACUUACUGAUUACCUAAAUUGACACACCAGAGCUCAAGAAUUAUGUCGACUAAAGCUGAGAAACAGGAUCAGAACAAUUCCAAUAUCGGUCACGUCCAGCAGCCCCCUCGACCCAGUCUUAACCGCACCAUGUCAUUUUCUGACUCAUUUUUCUCUCAGAGAAUCGUCACCAUAGACUUUUACAUGUCCCCUUCCUCAGAAUUUGACCCUGCACCACCUGAUCACCGCUUUAGUGAAGAUAAUCCCCGAGUUCCUAUCCUCCGAAUAUUUGGAUCUACACCCAAAGGACAAAAUUGCACUACACAUGUCCACGGAGUUUUCCCGUACAUCACCAUCCUUUACGACGCGGACAUUGAAAAUUUUGAAAGCAACAUAGUGGAUGGAAUUGAAAAAGCCUUGAAUAAUUUUCUUAAAACUGCAACUAGAACAGAUCUCAGAAUUCUAUUUCAUCGCCAUAUUUUUAAGGCAGUUAAAAUUUGUGGAAGAACUUAUUAUGGCUAUCGACACACACAGGAAACCUUCCUGCGAAUAUACCUGUAUAAUCCAUCUGUUAUCAAGAAAGUUGCAGAGCUUCUGCUGACGGGUGCAAUUUUGGACCGAAAAUUCCAACCCUAUGACGCGCAUAUACCAUAUCACUUACAGUUCAUGAUUGAUUAUAAUUUGUAUGGAAUGAAUCUCGUUCACUUUGGGGCAGCAAAAUUUCGCAGAAAAAUUGGUCAAGAUCACCACAAUGUCUCCCCAGUAUCACGUAAAAGAACAACGUCAAUAUCUUCGUGUGGAGUGACAACAGUGUGGAAUUUGUCGCAACUCCCCGACAGCCUAUUCACUAAAUCCUUGGAGAAAGUUUCAGUUUCGGAAUUGGAAAUUGAUGUUUGUGCUAUAGACAUAAAUGUAGUGUCAACAAGAUCAAAUGCGCAUUCUUGUAAUCCAGGAAUCGAUGCGAUUUGGCAAGAUGAAAUCGAAAGACGACGGUUGUUAGAACAAUCACAAGUUUCGAUCCCAGAAAGCCAGUCAAGAAAUUUUCUUUGUGGUGAUCUCUUUUCAACUGAAGCCUUGUAUAAGGAAAUUUUACUCAACAAAUUAGCAAGUUUACCAUAUUCUCAAGAGAACAUCCCUCCGUCUGUCAAUACUUUCAGUAAUACGGAGGAAGUCGGUGACGGAGUCUUUGGGUCUGAAGUUGUAAAUCAUUUUGUAAACAAUGUUUCAAACGAAGACGAUAAGUCAACUGAUAAGCCGUCACCUUUGAACAAAACCCAACAUUCUGAUGAUGAUGAUGAAUUGUACGAAUUAUUCAAAGAGUUUAUGAACGAAAAAGCUAAUGCAGUUAUUGACCAGGGAGCAGUAGCUAGCACUAAACGCCCUCCACUUCUUAAAAACAUUGACGACGAAAUCAGCGUUGAUCAACAAGACGAUGAUGAGGUGGACGAGGAUGAGGAACGAUCCGAACUUGAAGGACCAGAUGAUUGGAACCAAUCGUUUUUAUCCAACUCAAUUUUAAAGUCUAUAUUUAAUGAAAAAAAGUCCGAGAUCGACCCCCCAGACUCAGAUAAAAAAUCCAAUUCAAUUUCAAACGAUACAAUUAAUGACGAUUAUCCUCACCCAGCAAAGGAUCAGUUCAACAACUUGAACAACGAGGUGAUAUUUCAAGGAGAUGGAUUUCAAGAUAACUCUGACGAUUCCGAGUUGGGAAGUAACAGUUCUAAAGAAUCGUCUAGGAAAAGCACUCGAAAGCGAAGGACCCCACGAAAGUAUAAAGAUAAUAUGGUAAACAUGUCUAAAAGAUGCUACCAGAGAAAGAAAAAUGUGAAUCAACCUUCCGAAAAACUAUCUAUAAACGUUAACGAUCAAAUUUCCACGUCAGGGAAUAUUUGCAAGACAGUAACUAACAAUGAUACUAGGAUUCUUGCAAGUGAUGAUCCUUCCACUAGUACUAUGGCUGCUAAACAACUCCAAAAACCUGACACUGUUGAACUUCCUGGUCCGAAAUGUAAAAAGAAAUAUCUACUGGGUCCAAUUAUUGCUAAGGUAUUUGCUGGUAACGCGAAUCAGCAACAAGUAAUUAAGCUACAUAUAGAGUCUGAAGAAUAUAAAGAAAUUAUUGAUAACAAUCCUAUCGUUCGAGUUGAAAGACUGGAGUAUCCUAUUCGACCAUCGUCGAGUCGGGAUAAGCACAAUAUGAAAACUCGAUCAUCCAAACUAGAAAAUCCGAUAAUUCAAUCCAACCCUGAUAAGAAUCAUCAGCCGCCUUGUGUUAAUGUACAGUCGGACCCUGUACAAUCGAGUAGUAGUGAUGAGCCGACAAAAGCCCAAAAUAAAAAGUUUAAAACCAAAAGAAAUAUAAAACGAAGUAAGAAGGACAAACUUGUUCCCAUCUCGAACUCUGAUCAUUGUCUAGAUUCGGUGAAUGUAACAAGCACAAGUUUUAUUGACCAAAGUAAAGUCAAUAUUGUUUGCGAAUCUAGCCUUUCUUCAGAAACUAUCGUGGACCCGUUAAAUUCUGUUCAAGAAGAGCUUCCUCCUGCUUCAUCUGUUGUACAAAUUACACACACGAAGAAGUCACCGUUAUUGAUUGAGAAAACCAAAGUGUCAUCAAUGGACGACGAUUCCUUAGAAAGUGGUCCCGUUUUGGAGUCUCGGAGUAUUGAAAUCCAAACAGAAUUACCGCUUUGCCAUGGUUGUGAUUGCAAAUCGUCGGAUGGACUUGUGAAAACUCCAAUUUUUGCGAAACAGCGUGAUGUUGGGAAAGAACAUGAUGAUGUAUUCAUAGCUUCGGCUCAAGAAAAAAAUGCGGACAAUGUUAAGCAAUGUACCAUUGAUGAUGUCGUCACGCCAGUAACAGUUGAUAAGGAUUCAAAAGCUAUGCCAAUAUAUUGCACCCCUAAGAAAAAAAAACUUUCUCCUUUAAGUACUCCAGAAUUAGUGUCUAGCACCAGAAAAAGGGUUGAAGAACGGACAAAAUCCACAGAUGGAAAUUCAACUCAAUAUAAAACGUUCUUUAAGAAAAUUCUUCGCAAAAAUCAGAAAAGUUUAUCAAUGCUCAGCAUUUCUCCACCGCCCAGUAAAUUUACUCCCUUAUUGGAAAACCCCGUCGCGACAUCUCCCCGGGGUGAAAUUUCUUGUUUUCAAAUCAAACGUUCAGCUUCUCGUUCAAAAACACGGAAAAAACGAUUAGAAGCCAGGGCAAAAAAAUUGCAAGCAAACAACAAGUCUGACUUAUUCCGCAAUGAAUUUGACCCACUCAAGAUUGCUCCAUCAUUCAAAGUAAUAUUUAAGCAAAAUCUAAUGAGGCAACACAAAGUAAAGAAAGAUUGCAGUGAAGGAAAAGCAAAAUGUCUGAAUAAGGAGAGCGAAGCAUCACCAGACGGGCAUUCUAGUCAAGAGGGUGCGCCUCAAAAAAUAAUCAGAAAAUGUAAUAAUUUGGACAGUUCUUCAGAUGAAGAUUCGGAUUAUUCUGUCGACACGGACACCUCAGGUGUUAUCUGCCAGAAAUCAGUCACCAGUCUCAAACAAACUGUUACACCUAUAACUGUAGCUCAAAUAUCACUGAAUUCAAGUAAGACUCCAAAGUCCAUCCUCAGAACAUCAUGCAAAAGUGCUCGAGAAAUGCGAGUUAGUGGAAAACGACAAAUUCGCUGGGAUAAUAAUAGUCCAAGUGUUAAAAAAUUUAUCAAACUGGACCCGGUUACCCAAAUUAAUUCGGGAAGCAAUCCUCCAUUAGAUGAAAAAGCUUUAAUCAAUAACAGCGAAAUUGAUGGACCUUCUCCAAAAAAUAAAUUUGGGUUUGAGCUUGACAUGUCCAAUUUACAAGAUGCCAAAGCGUUGCAUCAAAUUCAACAUGUAAACGUCAUGAGUGUUGAAUUACACUGUCAGAGUCGAUCGCAUCUCGUUCCUGACCCAGCUUACGAUAAAAUAUUGGGAAUUUUUGUAUACGUUUACAGUGAUCAUCCUGACAAUUUUCACCAACGCUUUGUCAAGUCGUUUCUGGUCAUUAACACUCAACACAAGGUUCCAUCAGCAGACCCAAAAUGCGAGUACUUUUUAACAGAAAUGGAUCUUCUUCAUGGAUUCUUGAUAUUCUAUCAUAAGAAUGACCCAGAUAUACUUGUCGGAUAUGAGACGGAAUUGUGUUCUUGGGGGUAUAUAAUCAGCAGGGGUGCGGCCCUGGGCCUUGACUUAUUGUCUCAUUUGUCGAGACUUCAGCCGGUUAUUAGGAAAACUGGAAGCCAUGGCUAUGAGCGAAAACAGGAGGGGUGGGAUGGGCAAAUACCUGGCAGAAUUGUUCUGAAUUUGUGGAGAUUGCUUCGCCACGAGAUAACUGUUACGAGCUAUACAUACGAAAAUACAGCCUACCAUGUCUUGCAUAGGCGGGUUUGUCAUUUCAAUAACGCCACGCUAAUGAACUUUUGGGACCGUCCUAAUGAAAGAUGGAGAGUUUUGGAAUACUAUGAUCAACGAGCCAAGGGUAAUAUUGAAAUUAUGAACUCAUUAGACAUGGUGAAUCGAACAUCCGAGUUGGCUCGACUUUUUGGAAUUUUAUUUUAUGAAGUUUUUUCGCGGGGAUCACAGUUUCGGGUAGAAUCAAUGAUGUUGCGAGUGACAAAAUCCCAAAAUCUUAUUCCUGUCUCUCCAAGUGUAGGACAACGAGCUAAAAUGCGUGCUCCGGAAUUUUUGCCAUUGAUAUUGGAGCCACAAUCAAACUAUUACACAGACCCUGUUGCAGUACUUGAUUUCCAGUCUUUGUAUCCAUCCAUGAUGAUUGCGUAUAAUUACGAUUAUGCUACAGUGAUUGGAAGAGUGGAGCACUUGGGAAGAGAGGAUCCAUUUGAACUCGGAUGCAUUCAAAAUCAAGUCUCAACCUAUUUCCUAAAAAAGUACUGCGAUGCAAUUCACAUCUCUCCCGCUGGUGUUGCCUUUGUUAAUUCGAACGUACGUAAAGGAGUCCUCCCUCAACUUCUUGAACAAAUUCUCGAUACCAGGCAAAUGGUGAAACGCUCUAUGAAAAAGUGGAAAACCGAAGGAGCCGCACUGCAGAAAAUUUUAGAUUCCAGACAAUUAGGGCUCAAAAUGAUUGCCAAUGUUACGUAUGGUUAUACUUCUGCCAAUUUUUCCGGACGCAUGCCAUGCGUUGAUAUAGCAGAUAGUGUUGUUAGUAAAGGACGGGAAACUCUUCAGCGAGCAAUUGAUUUCGUUAAAUCCAACUAUGAAAAAUGGGGAGGAGAAGUUAUUUAUGGGGACACGGAUUCAAUGUUUGUAUUAUUUCGUGGAAGAACCCGUUCAGAGGCAUUUAGACUUGGACAUGAAAUUGCGGACCAGGUUACAAAGUUGAACCCAAAGCCUGUAAAGCUGAAAUUUGAAAAAAUUUAUCAACCAUGCAUUCUCCAGUCGAAAAAACGAUAUGUCGGAUACUCAUAUGAAACAGAAGAUCAGGUGGAGCCACUGUAUGAUGCCAAAGGAAUCGAAACCGUUAGAAGAGAUGGCUGUCCGGCUGUAAAAAAGAUUUUAGAGAAAACCUUGCAUAUUCUCUUCACCACGGAUGACUCUGAAAAAGUCAAAAACUUUUUGCAACUUCAGUUCAAAAAGCUUUUUACCGGACGAGUGAGUAUGAAAGAUUACAUGUUUGCUCGACAAUAUCGAGGCAGGGAAGGAUAUAAACCCGGUGCUUGCGUCCCUUCUUUAGAGAUUGCAAAAAAAUUAGCGCAGUUAGACCCUAGGUCAGAACCAUUGAAUAAACAAAGAGUUCCUUACGUAAUAGUUUACGACAAACCCACGCUCCCCUUAAUUAAACUAGUGCGCACUCCUAUUGAAUUUUCCAAUGAUAGUACCCUUCGCCUCAACGCCCAUUACUACAUAGAAAAAGCAAUCAUUCCAGCCUUAAACCGCUGUUUAGGUUUGGCAAAAAUGAAUGUCAUGAAAUGGUACAAGUCUCUUCCGAGAAAGUAUCUUCGAAAUAUUUUGGACGAUGAAAAUCAAUCAGGCCAUUUCACAUUGGAUGAAUUUAUGCAACACGCUAACUGUCUCAGAUGUGAUAGAAAAACUGAAAAAGGAAUCUGUGCUAACUGUGAUAGUGACAUCCAAAAGUCUACCUCGUUUUUCUUGCAAGUAUCAUCGGACUUAUCGACAAAGAUGGACACAGCGUGCAGGAUCUGUGUGAUGUGUAGUGGUGAUGACGACAAGUGUGAUAAUACGGACUGCCCAGUCUUCCAUAAGCUCUUGCGAUACGAACGCGAUGAACAAUAUAAUAAGCACCUACUUUUAAAACUUAAAAGAUUUGAAAUUUGAUGCAAACCAAUAUAUAUUUGUACUUAGUACUAUGUUUUACGCGGCUACUAUUUAACGCAAUUCAGUAUUUUUACCACAACUAUUUUUUAUGAUAAGGAUUAAUGUGUGCCUUUAAUUCACUUAACAAUAACCUUUUUUAGUAACGACGCCAUGAUUCACAACUUGACAGCCUUGAGUAAUAAUGCCAAUUAUGUAAAUAUGGAACAUGUUUUGCCUCGUCUUCUUGUAAACAAUUUUUUUAAUAAAAUGGAAUCUACAUUAUACGUUAACUGAA